AUGCUCCGCUCAGCCCUCGACAAGCCCAUCAUCAGCUGGGAAGAGUUUGACCGCAUCUUCAACGAGGCCUUUAACCCAUCCGGUGUCCCUGCCAAAUCCAGCGUUAGUCAUGAUGGUCUCGGCGUCGUCUCGAGCGUAGACGAAAAGGAAAAGCACAAGCGCGAGGAUAGUCUCGCGUCGACGAACACCGUGUUCUCGACCAUUCCGCGCGCGGCGAGUCCAGAGCCCAUCUUAUCCGACGCGUCGUUGGAUGCAGAUUCGUUUGCGGGGUUCAUCAGCGAAGAGGAGAUCCCAAAGAUCUAUACGCCACUCGCAUUCCCGACCACCUUUCCCAAGGUUGGACGUAAAGAGUCGUCGGAUAGUUUGCGUUCAGAGACCAAGGCGAGUAGCGUCUUGUCGUCGUCUGUACCGCCAAAGUCGGUCGUAUUUCCGAAGCGCCCGCGGGUCAUGUCAAAUCAGAUUUCGUCGAGGCGGACGAUCUCAUCUGCGGGGAGUGUACCGCGUGUGAAGAGGACAAAGACCAAGCCUCGAGUGCAGAUGCAGACGACCCCUGAUGGCUCUACGACAACCGUGAUCGACGUACCGGAUAUUCUCAAAGACUCUAUCAACGUCGACUUUCAUCAUAGCCAUCUCGUGGUGACUUGGCGAACGGCGACGGUGACGGAGCAAAUUCUGCGCGACUCGAUGGUGAGGGAGAAGAAGGAGAAGCGGUACACUCAGACCAUCAUUGUACCAGAAGGGACCAAAUACGAGGAUGUCCGGGCCACUCUGAAGCGCAGUCAAUUGACGAUCAGCUUCCCUUCGAAUCCAAAACUAUCCGAGUCUCAGAAGACGUCCUCUCCAUGA